GACAACCUCAGCGACGCCGAAGUGGUCGACAAUCCGACAAGAUGGCUGCCACCACGUCCGUCCCGACCCAGAAUGAUGUUCUCGUUCCCGAGACUCUCCUGAAGAAGCGCAAGUCGCAGGAGAAGGCCCGCGCUGAGCGCGCCGCUGAGCAGGAGAAGCGGAAGAAGGCCAACAAGGAGAAGCGCGGCGUCAUCUUCAAGCGUGCUGAGAAGUACGUUAAGGAGUACCGCGAUGCCGAGCGGGAGAAGAUCCGCCUUGCCCGCGUUGCCAAGCAGGACGGCUCCUUCUACAUCCCUGCUGAGGCCAAGCUGAUCUUCGUCAUCCGCAUCAAGGGUAUCAACAAGAUCCCCCCCAAGCCGCGCAAGAUCCUCCAGCUUCUCCGCCUUCUUCAGAUCAACAACGGUGUCUUCGUCCGCGUCACCAAGGCCACAGCCGAGAUGAUCAAGGUCGUCGAGCCCUGGGUUGCCUAUGGCUACCCCAACCUGAAGAGCGUCAAGGAGCUCAUCUACAAGCGCGGUUAUGGUAAGGUGAACGGCCAGCGCAUCGCCCUCACCGACAACGCCAUCAUCGAGGAGAACCUUGGCAAGUACGGCAUCAUCUGCAUGGAGGAUCUCAUCCACGAGAUUUACACCGUCGGCCCCAACUUCAAGCAGGCCUCCAACUUCCUGUGGCCCUUCAAGCUCAGCAACCCCAACGGCGGCUUCCGCCCCCGCAAGUUCAAGCACUUCAUUGAGGGUGGUGACCUUGGCAACCGGGAGGAGCACAUCAACGCCCUGAUCCGGCAGAUGAACUAAAAAAGCUUGCUUUGGGUUUGCGAGGUUUGUCUCUCGGUCAUAGGAACUGGCAUGGGUACUCGGCGUUUGACGUGAAAGCCAGGGUGGCUCACAGGGAAUGAAUUAAAGACGAUCUUGUUCUUGCGCGUCACAACUGAUUCAGCCCUAGGACAUGUGACCUAGCCUGUUCCCUGUUGGCCAGGGUAGGGCCCAAUGCUACAGAGUUGCGCAUGUUUUAGCCCGACUAUGCUGUUGCCUGUCAUGUCUUCUCGUGUCUAUGUCUCCAGUAGUGUACAACAGUCUAUCUAAAAUGCAGACCGCUGUCAACCCGUCCCAAUC